AUUCAUAUAUUUAAAACAACUAAAUUAACAAUCACGUACAAUAUGAACCAUCAUAUUUUAGUUUUUCCUUUAGUAUUUAUAUUAACUUUAGCGUUAGAAGAUUUUAAAAGUGAGAGUUGUUACGAGAAGCCUUUAUUUUCACCGAAAGAGUGUUUCGGCAAUUUUACCACCUGGUCUUAUAUGAAUGAAACUAAUACUUGCGAAAAAUUUAUUUAUACUGGUUGUAUGGGUAAUGCAAAUCGAUUUGAUAGUGAAGAGGAAUGUAUAGAAAUGUGUGUCGAAAGGUCUAAUACAGAAGAUGAGAGCGAUGAUGGACCAUAGGUGUCAUUUGAAAUAUUUAUAAUAGAUUUUAACUUAUUUUGAAAAUAAAACUAAAAAGAU